GCCCUGUGCCUAUCACAUGCACUCUCCCAAAGAAAACAAAAACUCUAGCUAUACACACCAAACUGAACAUGUGCAAAAUGGAUUGGGGACAGUAGAAGAAGGGGAGGAUCAGAGAAUACAGGAUCAAACAGUCUUUUUACGCAGUGUGGACUUAACUCCUUAUGUUCCACAGUGAGUAUAACAAGCAUGCUUUACUGCAUAUACAGACUGAUUUUACUGUUGUGGGUUUAG